AUGGCAGACGCAGCAGACAAUUACUACGGAGUUUCUACCCCCAAACCCGUCACGGCCUUUGACGAGGCCAACAAGGCCGCUGCGCGUCUCAUCAAGCCCAAGGCCAUCCUAUACACCAGUGCGGUGCUAUCAUGGCUGCAGCCGUUCCAGAGUGGUUGGUCUACCUCACAGAUGAACCUGUCACAAUACAACCACACGGGCGAGUGCAAUGCGCGUCCCGUGGCUGAAAACACGUGCCUCAUGUUCCCUGGUCACUCGAAGAUGGAGUGGACGUUCGCUGUGAACGCCUGGAUCUUUGGUGCUAUGGUCGGCUCACUGUUGUGCAGCUACUUUAGCGACAAGUACGGCCGUAAGAAGACUUUGAUGCUGAAUUGCAUCUUCAUGAUUGUGGGUGGUAUCGUGCAAGCAUCUGUGUCGAACAUUUGGCUCUUUGCUCUGGGUCGUUUCAUUGCCGGCAUUUCAUCGGGUACGGCCACAGCCACAAUCGGUGGCUACAUCAACGAGCUGUCACCGCCGCAUAUGCGCAACACUCUGGGUCUGGGCCUCCAGAUUUUCACUACGAUCGGUAUCUUGUUCCCUGCUAUCUGCUUCUUCUUCGCCAACACGAGCUCUGGCUGGCGUUAUCUCGCUGCGUUCCCUGUUGUGCUUGCUGCCAUCUAUCUGCUGUUGGCACCAUCAUUGUGCGUGGAAAGCCCAGCGUGGUUGCUGACCCAGGGCCGAAAGGAAGAAGCGAAGCAGGUAAUCUCUCGUCUGUACGGCGAAGAGCACGUACAGACGGCUCUGUCGUGGCUGGAGGUGAGCAAGAAGCCGGAGUAUGUUGAGGAAGGCCCGACCGAUGCAACAUCUACACAAGAGUCAAUGUUUGCUUCUCGCUACCGUAUGCAGCUUCUGGGUGGUAUCAUGCUGUCGUGUGCGCAGCAGCUAUCGGGCAUCAAUGCCGUGUUCUACUACUCUGGCAGUAUCUUUUCGGAUGCCGGUAUCUCGGACUCGCGCGUGGGCACACUGAUCAUCGACUUUAUUAACAUUUGGCCCGCGUUCUUCACGGGUGUGCUGGCCAACCGUUUCGGCGCUCGCAACAUGAUCCUGUGGGGUCUGUCGGGCAUGGUGGUCAUGUCUAUCGGUAUGACGGUGGCGUUUGUCGUGGACGUAUCGGCUCUGUCGGUUGUGUUUACGGCCUUGUACGUGAUCGUGUUUGGCGUAACGCUGGGCCCACUCGUGUGGGUGAUGACGGCCGGCAUUUUCCCGGAUUCGAUCCGCGCUAGCGCGUCGUCGUUUUGCAUCGGUAUCAACUGGCUGUGCAACCUUAUCGUGGGCGUCUCGUAUCCGUACGUUUCGGAUGCACUGGGAGACUAUGCGUACGUUCCAUUCGUGGUACUGCUGGCAAUCUUUUACCUGUUGGCUCUGAAGCUGGUGCCGGAGACGUCGGGCAAGUCAGCUGAAGAGAUUCAGGCCGAGUACGAUGCGCGUCGCAAGCAAGUAGACUAA